AUAAUAAUUGUGCUCAAGACAUUUCCAACAGAAGUAGAAUUACUAAGCUAGAAGCCUAAGCUAGCCUAGAAGGUAGAACCGUGCUGCCUUUCUGUGGAGCUUGGACUUGAAGACCUUGACCCCUCUUGGAAUCUUUGUAGUAAUAGUGCAUUUCAACUUGGACAGAGGAAGAGUUUCGAACUGUGUAUAAAUAUCCUUCUCGUGGGCUAACUUUAUAAGUUUAGAUUGAUGAAAGAUCAGUCGAGUAAUCGUGAGGUGGUUGAGGUAGUCAGGUUGUCCGGAAAUCUCUAUGGUAGGUUGCCCAAGUUAGCACAGGCGUAGUGAUGCCGCCAUGAACGACCUCCUCCUCUUUGAAAGUCGUGACAUCGAUGCUUUCCUCGAGGCACUGAGGCAGCAGUUUUCACAGAAGCUAUGCUACAUCAACGUGGGACCGGUCCUCCUAGCCAUCAAUCCGCUGAAGGAGACGAACCUCUACAAUGACGUCUACUCAUCCUUCUUUGAUGCAUCUCGGCGCCUGACCCAGAUUCAGCUGAAAUGCAACGAUCCGAUGCCGCACAUCUUUGCCGUGGCACGCCGCGUCUGCUUGGAGAUGAUCUUGUUCAACUGGAAGUGCAACGUGCUGUUUAUGGGCCAGAGCGGCUCGGGAAAGUCCUUCAACUGCACGUCACUGGUGCGUCAGCUUGUGCGGCCGGAUGUCAACGAAUGGAAAUGUGUGAAGCGGACACCAAGGCGGUGUUUCUCCGACCUUGUGGCCAACGCCAUGAGCACGAUUCAGUGUUUCACCGAGGCCACGGGGCACUAUUCCAACAGCUCAAGCAGGGCCACCAACAUCUACAGCUUAUACUUGACCAAAACUGGGGAAUGUUCAUGCCACCGUUUCACUGGCAUGGGCGUGCAGGUGCUGUUCCUGGAGCGCUGGAGAGCCAGUCACCGACGGCCAAACUCUCACAUGGAGACGGCCUUCUCUGCGUUGCUGCAGAUUCCAGCAGCAAUGAGCGGGGACUCCUUCAACACCGACACGCAGGAGGUCAUUGAAGGGGCCUGGCAAAAGUCGGAGUUGGAGUGGCUGAAGCCUCGCCUGACGGUCGGCUUCUCAGAAUCUGAUCUCAAAGAGCAGCGGUCACAGCUGGAGGCUACUGUGCAUGCUCUGUGCGAGCUUGGCAUGUCGCUCAGGCAGAUCGCCCUUAUCUACCGUACGCUGUCUGUUGUGCUCAUGCUGGUCAACCUGGUCACUCCAAAGUCUUUUAACCAUCCACAAACCAGGAGAAGCAGCAACAAAAGUCAAGAUCAUCAGCGCGAAAUUGACGUCAACAAACCACUGAAGGAGAGCUAUAGCGAGGCCAAUUCUGAUGUUGUUGAUCCGUACAAACAGCUGUGGCUUCACAGCGGCCUGGACUUGGUGGAUGAGAAACUGCUUACCCGCUUGUGCCGGUUGUUGCAGGUUGAUCCCGAGCAGUUUCGCAAAGCACUUCCCCGUGGGUACAAGGAUCGCAUUGUCUUCACCACCGGCCAUGUUCAGUGGCGCUGUGAUUGCAUUGCUGCUGAGCUCUACUCCGCUGUGGUCAAGAAUAUAGUUGAGUGUGUGAACAGCGAGCUGCAGCUGGAUCACAGUCCGGACGUGGAAGCAGUCAACGGGGACGGGGACUCCGGGGACUCCGUCAAGAGUACCACACUGUCACUGGUGGACAUGGCUGGAGUAGAACCAUUCGCAAGCUGUCGCUUUGAGCAGCUGUGCCGUGUCCUGGCCGCAGAGUCAUGCAACAUAUACUAUUCCAAGAAGUACUUGCUCAACUUUCAGGUUGUUGCUGAGGAGGUUGGUGUCAAGACAACCUGGUCUGGUUCGUCUUUGCCGGAAAAUUCGCUCUCAUUCUCCUUGUCCAACCCAACAAACGAGAUCACAAAGCUGUCUGAAGUCCUGGCCAAGCACUCGCGCAGUCUGGCCUACGCCCUGACCAACCACACGCUGUGCAACCAUCAGCUAAACGCUCACCUGACCUUGCUGCACGGCCAUAUCACCAUGGACAACGCCAGCACGCCCUCCUCCUUGCCUUCCACUACCUGGGGGAGCCGUCCCUCUACCAGGCGAAAGAGCUUCGACGUCUCAAGCAAGCACAGUGCGUUUGGAGACAUGAACAACAGUCUCGCCAUCAACCACUUCUCUGGCAAGGGUGACUACAACACACAGGACUGGGCUGAGUCCAACGGUUGUCCGAUCACACCCAAGCUGAUCAACAUCCUGGCAUCCAGCACCUGUCCGAUGAUUCAGUCGACUUUUCAGCAUUUCAAGCCGGAGAACGCUUUAGAUCAACUGCUUGCCGACACCAAGCUACUUGACGCUGUGUUCGAGGACAAGCACACCUAUUUCAUCGGCUGUAUGUCUCCCAAUGACACUCAGGACUUGGAAAUAUUUGAUGAAAAGGUUGUGAGAAGACAGAUGAAGACAUUCCGGGUUGAAUCGCUGGUUUCAACCAUGUACCGCAGCUAUCAGAUUUGUUUCACGGUUACUGAAUUCCUCCAGUACUUCAACAAUCUGCUUCCCAGGGCGUUGAGAACGAAGCAAUCGCAGCUAUCAACCACUGAUAGCGUCAAUACAAUCAUCAACCAGACCAAGGUCACAAACCUAGCGCCUGUUGAUACGAAAUGGGUCCUUCUGUCUCAUCAAGACUACCAACAGCUGCUGGAGAGCAUGUGGACACUCUCCCCGCCCAAUGUCUGUGAACUGGAGGAUGAUAACGAUGACCAACCUGACCUGGCCAGAUUAUCGAUGGAUUUUCUUCCCAGCGCGUCAGCAUCAUCGCGCGCCUCCACCUCCAGCAAUGCGUCUCUCAGCAGCAAUGCUCCAGCAGCCACACAGCCGUUCCUGCACAAGGCAAAGCAGAAGGUACUAGUCCAUAAGCAACUGACUGACGCCAGUAUGCUAUCGGUGAACGGCAUGUCCGCAAGAAUACGUACACCACCGCCCGUCGGUCGCCGACCCACUGCCUCCUUGACGAUCGCCGCCGCCCCGAACUCCGAUCACUGCGGCAAUGGUGAGUCCCCUGCGGUGGGCUCUGCUAGUCCGACAGGCAACGCCAUCAGGCGAAUACAGCCACAGGCUGCAGUAUCCAGCAAGCUGGCAGUAGAGUCAACAAGCCUAAUACCACCCAGAGACAGGAAAGAUGACCCUGAACCAACCCCCGCUGCAGUUGAUAACCAGCCAACCUACCUUGCUCUGUCGGAGAUCAAUCCCCGAGAAUACGUGUCCUCUGAUGACGACCCAGGCACUUCGCAGCCGCAACGGCGCAACACAGACGGGCCCCACCAGAACUUUCCGCAUAAGCAGCAGCAGCGCAGAUGUCAUCAGUCAGCUUCCAAUGGCAAACCAGGUUCUAGACGUUACACAUCUACAAUGUCAGGUUCGCCGUCCGUGCAUUCGGGCUGUAUGUACAGUCCGCCAUCGCCCAGGUCGGUAAGAUCGUCAAAGUCAGCAUGUUCCAACUUGAGUAGUCCGUACGGCUCUCGCUGCAGUAGCAUUGCUGCACAGACCAAUGGAGUUUCGACUGCCCACGGUACCCCUACGAAAGCUGCACGAUCUGACCAGCCGUCAGAUCGCCUCACACUCCUGCACACUGAGCCACACCAUGUUGAUCAGCAGCACAUGCAUCAGUAUUACGCCCAGCAGGAUCAGCAAGAGAUGCACCAACACCAGCAACACCAUCACCAACAGCAGCAGCAGCAGCAGGAGCUACAUGAGCAUCAGCAGGCGGCAAUGAGCCAUCCGCCAUGUCAGCAUCACCGAUGCCAUUCCUGCUCUGCAGAAGUGCCUUACGGCAUGCAUGGCAUGCACAGUGCUACUGCAGCGGCGGCGGCGGCAUACCCCUAUGCUAUGAAUGCAAUGCACAAUGCUGCACCUAUGUCCUACGGCAUUGCACCAGCUUACUACCCGUAUCCAGCAGCUCAAACAACGCCGCCGCAUUCGCUGCGUGGACCGUACCCACCCGCUGCUAUGCCGCCAACGUAUAUGGGCGGACCCAUGUAUCACCCGUACGUGCAGCAGCAGCAGCAGCAGCAACAGGCACCCCUCUAUGCGGCGCAAGGUCUAGUACAGCCGCCGCAGUCGCCCUCCUUUUUCCUAUCCGGUCCAUCGACGUAUCAGGACACCAAUGGUAUUGGCAACCGUAUACACUAUACUGCUAUUUCUCCUACUUCUAAAGCUCGUAAUGCGCGUAAAGCUCGUAAUGCGCGUAAUGCUGGUAGUGCUGGUAAUGCUGGUACUGGCAGAGCUACAGCACCUACUCCUGGACUCUAUGAUACAUCCAUGGCUGAAGACCCUGAUCACUUCAUCUGGUUCCAUGGUGAUAUGAAUCGGGAGCACGCCGAAGCCACGCUGACAACAUUCGGUGGAAACUGUUUCUUAGUUCGAGAAAGUAUGGUGCAGGGUGGUGCCACCAUAUCCUCAAAGCAUGGAGAUACGAUUUAUCACUUGAAGAUCGGCUAUCACACGCAGACUGGCGCCUUCUGUCUGAUAGGUGGCCGGCAACAGCAGUACUUUCCCAAGCUAUCACAGCUCAUCCUGCACUUCCAGCAGUUUGAUACGCCGCUGACUGGGCGCACACUCGGCAGGCCAUGUCCACGUGGCUGGCAUCUGCCGCAGGCAGAGGCAGAUAGUAGCAGUACUCGGCGUUUGAAGGCGCCCGUCAAGAGUGAGAUGUCUAUCCGGAGUAUAAUCAGCAUAUGAAGAAAGGCAACGCAAGCAAGGUCUUGAGCAACAAUGCCCCAGAGAUGGCACUAACAAUACCGCACACUCUGCAGCCACAGCUGAGCGUGACCCAAAGAACACUGCACUCUGCAGACACAGCUGAGCGUGACCCAAAGAACACUGCACCCUGCAGCCACAGCUGAGCGCGACCCAAAGAACACUGCACUCUGCAGCCACAGCUGAGCGUGACCCAAAGAACACUGCACUCUGCAGCCACAGCUGAGCGUGACCCAAAGAAUACUGCACUCUGCAGCCACAGCUGAGCGUGACCCAAAGAACACUGCACUCUGCAGCCACAGCUGAGCGUGACCCAACGAACACUGCACCCUGCAGCCACAGC